AUGUGAUCAGUGCUAUCUCUAGGCCACAAUAACCAGCAAGGGGUGGAAAGAGAGAGCACUGUCUCCUAUAGAGAGAAGCUAUACCAUGCUCAUUUCAAAAGCCUUAGAAAAGACAAACAACAGUGUCUACAUGUUCAAUUUGGCUUUCCUUCUCCUCCUCCUAUCAGGAGAUGUUGAGCUAAAUCCUGGCCCUCUAACAGGCCAGGAUCCAAGAGAUAUAUUACAGGAAAAAUCCUUUUCUCUUUCACAAGCAAUUUCAAAUAACCUUGUUCAAGUUGCUGGAAUACUACAUAAAAAGAAACUAAUACCACAACAGGCAAAAGCUAAUGUAUCAAUAUUAGGUGUAGAGGAUUAUGAAAAGGCUAGCAGACUGGUGGGUGUGUUGGAGAUGCAACUGAGUGCCUCCGAUGGUAAUCGACAGAAGUAUUUGAUUGAUGUCUGCAAUGCGUUGAAGGAGCUAAACAAUGCAAAACUAACAGAACAUGCUAAUGCAAUGUUAAAGGAGUUAGGAAUUAGCAGUGGUAGUACUCAACAAGUGCAAAGUUCUCCAAUGCCUACUGUGCCUAACACUAGUGGUGAAAUUGAAGAAACAGAUCAUCCAAAUGGAGGCCGAGGAGCCACAGCAACACAAUCCAUUGUACCUGAUCCACCAGAUGUUAAAAGUGAAUGUCCUCCAAUGGCAAAAAUUAAACCAAAAAAUUGUACACAUACCCCAGAGCUUACAGCUGAUGUCAAUAUAAUCCUUGUUACUGCUACUGACACAGAAUACCGUGCUGUUAUGGGGACUGGUACACGGAUAGAAGGGGAUGGAGAAAAAUACACACAAGUCGAGUUGGAUGAUGAUGUUACGUUUAAUCUAGUGAUGUACGGAUCGUAUAAAGUCGCUGUAAUAAAGACUGGUCAGGGACCAGGAAGAACAGAAGCUAUGCUCGAAAACUUACAGAAAGUAAUUAAUGCUCAAUACGUGAUUGCAGUUGGAAUAUGCUACAGGAAUGAAAGAAGGUAAAACAAAGCAUUGGUGACAUAAUCGUUGCAGAAAGCAUCAUGGAUACAUCAAGCAGACG